AUGGUCCUGGUCUGUUGCCAGGAAUUGUUUUCAUCAAACAGAAAAAAGUCCAAGCACAAGUCUAAAAAGCGAAAGCAAAAAAAGAAGAUUGAGGAGUCUGACACAGGGAGAAAAGAUUUGGAGGUCGAAGAAGACCAGUGGGUGGAGGUGGUGAAAAAACCCGAACCCGAAGUCGCAACACAGCAGAUGGCAGCGAACUCUGAUGACGACGCGGAAGAUGAGUUUGGUCCGAAGCCUUUCGUUUCUACUGCACCUGGAUUGACACAGAAAGAUUUCGGCCAUGCGCUGUUGCCAGGUGAAGGUGCGGCAAUGGCGGCCUACAUUGCAGAAGGCAAACGUAUCCCCCGCAGAGGAGAGAUCGGUCUCACGCCUGACGAGAUUACGCAAUACGAGGACCAGGGUUUCGUGAUGAGCGGUAGCAGGCAUCGUCGAAUGGAAGCUGUGCGUCUGCGCAAGGAAAAUCAGAUCUACAGCGCGGACGAAAAGCAGGCCCUGGCAAACUUCAACCACGAGGAACGCACGAAACGCGAGACCAAGAUCCUCUCCCAACUGAGGGAGAUGGUCCGCAAGAAAAUGGACGCUCGCAAAUGAGUGUUAGACAUGAGAGCCUUCUCUGAGGAAACGGGCUGUAUGCAUGUGCGUAAAGUGUCGUCCCAGAUAAGCCUGUGCAGUCCACACAGGCUAAUCAGAGACAACACUUUCCAUUUCUAUGGUAAUUUUUGUUUUAUGGAAGUCUAUAAUCUUUUCAAUUAUGCAGUUUAGGAGGAAAGUAUUGUCCCUGAUAAGCCAGUGCAGACUUCAUGAUGCGGAUAUGCGUUUAAUCCCGUUUUCCAAAAGCGAGGCUCCGUGGAAUUGUGGAAUUCAUGACUCAGGAUUGAGCUGUUCGACUGUUUGUAUGCAUUCAAGUUACCUAUAGGAGGGUAUAUGAUGAAGUAUUGAGGUUCAGAAAUAAGUAAUAAAUGUGGAAUUGUGGA